AUUCGCUCGCCGCUCCGUCACUCAUUUGUUCUCGCUAUGUGGCUGCUUAUCCUCGCAGGUUUUUUGGCAGUCUCCGCUGGAGAGGAGACCGUUGCCAGCGUCGUGAAGAAGACGGAAUCGUCCUCGGCCAACGCCGAUGACAUCGUUAUGCUGGAGAUCGAUGUCAAAGAUCCUGUCAAGAGGUCACCAGUCUCAACCAGUGCCGUUUAUGGAGCUUCACCCAGCCAAUUCGUCGUUCGGCACGGUGAUGACGGUCGAGAGUUGUCACCCGAGUACUUGGCCAUCUUGCAGCAAUUCACUGGAACCGAGCCGCAUGCGUAUACAAAUGCGAAUAAUGCGCCACAGCGCAGGCCGUUGCCAGCUUAUGCAAAACAGCAACAGGCACUGCAGCAGGCGUAUUACAAUUACCGCAAACCCGCCGUAGUUCCUCCACGACCAAGACCUCAACUGCACUCUCAGGCAUUGUCUCAUGCCGAAGCCACGGCACAAGCUCAGGCGCAUGUCGACGCACAGAAUCAUGCCGCAGCAUUGCAAUCAGCCCGUGGACUGUCCGGCGCGUCUACUUACCAACUGGAGUCUUACUCUCAACCAAAAUUGGGCACUUUCGAGCAGGAACUACUGCAGCUGGUGUCCGCCAAUCAGGCGCAGGAAUUCAAUCUGAUCCCGACGCAAGCGAAGAACGAUUACUCGCAGCCGCAAUACGUGAAACCAACGGCGGCACCAGCGCCAGCAUCCCACUUACCUGAGCAGUAUCACAUCGAGACUAGCCCACCUCCUCGUUAUCAACCGCAGCAACGAGUGGCAGCAACAUACCAGGCCAUCGAGCAGCCGGUCCAACUUCAAUAUCAAGCAGUGCACCAGACGCCGGAUUACUCGACGAAGGGCAUCCGACCUUUUAGACCGUCUCCGCAGUACGACUACGUGGACGAUGGAGCUCAACUAAAAGCCCAAGCUGAAGCCGAGGCGAACGCUAGAGCUCAAGCCCACGCUGAGGCGCAGGCCUUAGCCUUCCAAAAGAUCGCCCAGGACUCUUAUCAGAAGCAUCGCGAAGCUGCUUUAGAGCAGAUCAGGAUCGAUCACGAGAGGUACAGGCAGCAAAGUGCCUUGGAGCAGAUUCAGCAAGGAACUCAAGUGAGCGAUGCUGGACGAGCACACAUCGAUGGCCAACUGGAACCGAAAGACCCAGAGGCCGCUUACAGGGCCAAGCUGAAGGCUCAAGCUGCCGCCGAAACCGCUGAAGCCAGAAGGCUGCAAACAGCCGCUGAAUACAAGGCGCAUCAAGACGCCAUUCGUCAUGUCGAAGCUCAGCAGGAUGCUACUGUGAAAGCUCAAGAGAAAGCCCAUAACGAUGCUUUGAACUUUGAAAGAAAUCAAUUGCGCGCACAAGCUCAGGCGCAGGCUUUGGCACAGGCCCAAGCUGAGGCUCUGUAUAAGGUCUAUCAGCAAUCGCGCGCCAAGGCCAACAACGAGAUCUUGGCGGCCGCGAGAGCUCAGGCUGUAUCUAAGAAAGUCGAUCCCGAUGGCACACCGGUUAUUCAAUACCUCCUGCCUAAUACUCCCAAGCUCCCGCCGCCUAAUAGUUACUUCACCAACGACGACAACAAGUAUCAGACUUCCGGCUCCACUUACGUUUCUAGGUCGGUACCGAAGCCAGAGUCCGGUGAGUCCCGAGACCAAGUGGACGUUCAGUCAAGCCCCGUUAUCAAUCAGCCCCGUCAGCUGCACAAACUGAAGGUCCCGCCAACUCAGUCUUCCGUUUAUAUCUCCCAGUCGGGUCUCCUGAAGAAGUCGCCCGUCAAGUCUUUCACCGUCGAGGAGAUUAUCGACCAAGAUUCGCUCAACGGACCUCAAGUCGUACGUAUUCCCUCGCCCAAGGAUCAACAACCUCUGACCCAAGAGGAGCUGUCUGCUCUGAUCAACGCUGGUUACAGCGUUACCCCGAUACCUCAGACGGUGAAACCUACUCAGCGCAGCUACGUGCCGGAGAGCACCUCCGCCGCUUAUUACUUGAAGAAGCAGCGGCCAGUCGUCAGGCCCGAGUACGUCGCUUAUGAGGAGGUUGUACAGCAUUCGCAAAGACCCACCAGAAAGAAUACGUCCGUUCUCAAGCAGGGUGAUACCGGCGCUAGCGAGAAGGUCACCUACUUGAUACCCUUGGAGUCUAGCUUUGGCACUAGACAACCGCCAUUCAGGCAGAACGAGUAGUUUUCGCCGUGUAGUCUUUGUCGUUGUCAGCAGGUGAUGGCAAAGUAGGAAACUCGAACCGAGUCGAUCUUUUUUUAAAUUUCUCUUUUGUUUAUUUUUUUCUUUUUUUUUUUUUUUUUCUUAUGAAUGUGGCUAUCUUCCUUCUUUUUUUGAGUUUUAAUUUUCCGUGCGGAAAUAUUGAAUCUGAUCGACUGCUAUUGCUGCUUGAUAUUUCAUCGUUAUUUUAUAUUUGAUACAUUUUUUCAAGUUGGUCCUUCGAUAAGAAUAUGUCAAUUUGAUAAAAAAGAAGAAACGUUCGAGUUAUUUUUUAUGCAAUUUCAACCUUGCCCAUUGCUAGAUGAUCAGACGAUAUUACGUAGUUUUUCUAGAGUGUCGUAUCAAAAUUUACGACUUAUGUUAAAUUAUGUACAAUUCGUAUCACGAGUUAAUAAGUCGGGACGGAAGAUUGUUGCGUUAAUUUGAUCAAAGUGAACCUAAUUUUUUUGUAACGUAAAGCUGACGCACAACGAUGCACGGCCUUACGCGCUAUUAUCUGUAGAUGGUAAGUGCGACGGUGCUGAGUCGAACGAUUAUUAAUUUAUAUUUCUUUGUAAAUAUUAGAAUUUAACUAAUAAACAUGUUUAAAAAUUUUA